AUGUCUUAUUUAUUAUAUUUUCAUUUUGUUUUCUAUGUUUUUCUCCCAUUUUUUUCUUUCUUUUUUCUUCAUUUUUCAUAUUUUCUUUGUUCUUUUUUUUCUUCCUUUUUCGUAUUUUCUUUUGUAUUUCUUUUCGUUUAUUCCUUUUUUCUUCCUUUUUCGUAUUUUCUUUCUUUCCUUUUUCUUCCUUUUUCACUUUUUUUUUGUAUUUCUUUUCUUCCUUUUUUCUAUCUUCCUUUUUCGUAUUUUCUUUCUUCCUUUUUUUUCUUCCUUUUCCUAUUUUCUUUUGUAUUUCUUUUCCUUUCUUCCUUUUUUUCUUUCUUUUUCGUAUUUUCUUUCUUUCUUUUUUUCUUCCUUUUCCUAUUUUCUUUUGUAUUUCUUUUCCUUUCUUCCAUUUUUUCUUUCUUUUUCGGAUUUUCUUUCUUCCUUUUUUUUCUUCCUUUUCCUAUUUUCUUUUGUAUUUCUUUUCCUUUCUUCCUUUUUUUCUUUCUUUUUCGUAUUUUCUUUCUUUCUUUUUUUUUCUUCCUUUUCCUACUUUCUUUUUGUAUUUCUUUUCCUUUCUUCAUUUUUUUCUUUCUUUUUUCGUAUUUUCUUUCUUUCUUUUUUUCUUCCUUUUCCUAUUUUUCUUUUGUAUUUCUUUUCCUUUCUUCCUUUUUUUUUUCUUUUUCGUAUUUUCUUUCUUUUUUUUUCUUCCUUUUCCUAUUUUCUUUUUGUAUUUCUUUUCCUUUCUUCCUUUUUUUUUUUCUUUUUUUUCGUAUUUUCUUUCUUUCUUUUUUCUUCCUUUUCCUAUUUUCUUUUGUAUUUCUUUUUCCUUUCUUCCUUUUUUUCUUUCUUUUUUCGUAUUUUCUUUCUUUCUUUUUUUUUUCUUCCUUUUCCUAUUUUUUUUGUAUUUCUUUUCCUUUCUUCCUUUUUUCUUUCUUUUUCGUAUUUUCUUUCUUUUUUUUUCUUCCUUUUCCUAUUUUCUUUUUGUAUUUCUUUUCCUUUCUUCCUUUUUUUUUUCUUUUUUCGUAUUUUCUUUCUUUCCUUUUUCUUCCUUUUUCACUUUUUUUUGUAUUUCUUUUCUUCCUUUUUUUUCUUCCCUUUUUCGUAUUUUCUUUUUCUUCCUUUUUUUUUUCCUUUUCCUAUUUUCUUUUGUAUUUCUUUUCCUUUCUUCCUUUUUUUUUUUUUUUUCGUAUUUUCUUUCUUUCUUUUUUCUUCCUUUUCCUAUUUUCUUUUGUAUUUCUUUUCCUUUCUUCCUUUUUUUUUUUCUUUUUCGUAUUUUUUCUUUCUUUCUUUUUUCUUCCUUUUCCUAUUUUCUUUUUGUAUUUCUUUUCCUUUCUUCCUUUUUUUUCUUUCUUUUCGUAUUUUCUUUCUUUCUUUUUUUUUUCUUCCUUUUCCUAUUUUCUUUUGUAUUUCUUUUCCUUUCUUCCUUUUUUUUUCUUUCUUUUCGUAUUUUCUUUCUUUCUUUUUUUCUUCCUUUUCCUAUUUUUCUUUUGUAUUUCUUUUCCUUUCUUCCUUUUUUUCUUUCUUUUUCGUAUUUUCUUUCUUUCCUUUUCUUCCUUUUUCACUUUUUUUUUUUUUGUAUUUCUUUUCUUCCUUUUUUCUUUCUUCCUUUUCGUAUUUUUCUUUCUUCCUUUUUUUCUUCCUUUUCCUAUUUUCUUUUGUAUUUCUUUUCCUUUCUUUUUUUUUUUCUUUUUUUUUCAUUUUUUUUCUUUCUUUUUUUUCUUCCUUUUCCUAUUUUCUUUUGUAUUUCUUUUCCUUUCUUCCGUUUUUCUUUCUUUUUCGUAUUUUCUUUUCUUUCCUUUUCUUCCUUUUUCACUUUUUUUUGUAUUUCUUUUCUUCCUUUUUUCUUUCUUCCUUUUUCGUAUUUUCUUUCUUCCUUUUUUUUAUUCCUUUUCCUAUUUUCUUUUUGUAUUUCUUUUCCUUUCUUCCUUUUUUCUUUCUUUUUCGUAUUUUCUUUCUUUCUUUUUUCUUCCUUUUCCUAUUUUCUUUUGUAUUUCUUUUCCUUUCUUCCUUUUUUUCUUUCUUUUUCGUAUUUUCUUUCUUUCUUUUUUUCUUCCUUUUCCUAUUUUCUUUUGUAUUUCUUUUCCUUUCUUCCUUUUUUUCUUUCUUUUUCGUAUUUUCUUUCUUUCUUUUUUUUCUUCCUUUUCCUAUUUUCUUUUGUAUUUCUUUUCCUUUCUUCCUUUUUUUCUUUCUUUUUCGUAUUUUCUUUCUUUCUUUUUUUUCUUCCUUUUCCUAUUUUCUUUUGUAUUUCUUUUCCUUUCUUCCUUUUUCUUCUUUUUUUCGUAUUUUCUUUCUUUCCUUUUUCUUCCUUUUUCACUUUUUUUUUGUAUUUCUUUUCUUCCUUUUUUCUUUCUUCCUUUUUCGUAUUUUCUUUCUUCCUUUUUUUUCUUCCUUUUCCUAUUUUCUUUUGUAUUUCUUUUCCUUUCUUCCUUUUUUUCUUUCUUUUUCGUAUUUUCUUUCUUUCUUUUUUUUUCCUUUUCCUAUUUUCUUUUGUAUUUCUUUUCCUUUCUUCCUUUUUUUUUUCUUUUUUUUAUUUUCUUUCUUUCCUUUUUCUUCCUUUUUCACUUUUUUUUUUUUUGUAUUUCUUUUCUUCCUUUUUUCUUUCUUCCUUUUCGUAUUUUCUUUCUUCCUUUUUUUCUUCCUUUUCCUAUUUUCUUUUGUAUUUCUUUUACUUUCUUCCUUUUUUUCUUUCUUUUUUCGUAUUUUCUUUCUUUCUUUUUUUUUCUUCCUUUUCCUAUUUUCUUUUUGUAUUUCUUUUCCUUUUUUCCUUUUUUUCUUUCUUUUUCGUAUUUUCUUUCUUCCUUUUUUUCUUCCUUUUCCUAUUUUCUUUUGUAUUUCUUUUCCUUUCUUCCUUUUUUUCUUUCUUUUUCGUAUUUUCUUUCUUUCUUUUUUUUCUUCCUUUUCCUAUUUUCUUUUGUAUUUCUUUUCCUUUCUUCCUUUUUUUCUUUCUUUUUCGUAUUUUCUUUCUUUCCUUUUUCUUCCUUUUUCACUUUUUUUUUGUAUUUCUUUUCUUCCUUUUUUCUUUCUUCCUUUUUCGUAUUUUCUUUCUUCCUUUUUUUUCUUCCUUUUUCUAUUUUCUUUUGUAUUUCUUUUCCUUUCUUCCUUUUUUCCUUUCUUUUUCGUAUUUUCUUUCUUUCUUUUUUUUCUUCCUUUUUCUAUUUUCUUUUGUAUUUCUUUUCCUUUCUUCCUUUUUUUCUUUCUUUUUCGUAUUUUCUUUCUUCCUUUUUUUUGUUCCUUUUCCUAUUUUCUUUUGUAUUUCUUUUCCUUUCUUCCUUUUUUUUGUCAUCCUUUAUCGAAUUUUCUUUCUGCCUUUUUUCUUCCUUUCUCGUAUUUUCUUUUGUAGUUCUUAUCUUCAUUUUUUCCUUCUUUUUCGUAUUUUCUUUCUUCCUUUUUUCUUCCUUUUUCCUAUUUUCUUUCUACUUUACUUUUUUCCUUCUUUCUUCUUUCAGGUUUUUCUUCGUUUUUGCUUCAUUCUUUUUUCCUUCUUUAUUCUAUUUAUUUCCACACUUCCUUCUCUCUCUCUCUUUCUUUAUUUCCUUCCUCUCUUUAUCUAUAUCUUCUUUCUUUCUUUCUUUUUUUCUUUCUUCGUUCCUUCCUUCCAUUUUCCUUCAAUAUUACCUUUCGGCCUUCCUUCCUUCCUUUCUUCAUUUUUUUCCUUCAUUCUUCCAUCCUUCCAUAUUUCCUUUAUUCCUUCCUUCCUUCAUUGUUUUCUUUCUACUUUCUUUUCUUCCAUGUAUUUUUCUUCAUUCUUUCAUUAUUUCUUUCCUUUUUUCAUUCUUUAUUUUUCCUAUUCUUUCAAAACUUUCAUUCAUGUGCCAUACAGUCAGGAUGAAAAAUAUAUAUCGACGCAAUAGAUAA